GGAUGGCUCUUUUCUGUCUGUUGCUGAGGUUUCUCUAUAGGGUUUACUUUCAGGGUUCUGAGAAGUUCUGCUGGAUGGAAUGAGAGCAGGGAAGGUGCGGGUGGUGUGACCCAUCGGACAUCAGAUCGGCAGAGCUCCAGAACCUUCAGCCUCACCUGAUCUGAUCUGCUCUGAUCUGAUAUCAGAUCAGACUACAUCUCAUACAGUGUAAAUGGACCCUAUCACAGAUGACCCUGACAGAUCCAGCUCCCUAGAUGACUCUAAGGCUUGGUCAGGUUCUGAAGACCCUGAGUAUGACCCUGAAGGACCAUACUGCUCCCAGGAUGAGGACCACUAUAGGGAAUCUGAGAGUGAUACAGAGCUACAGGACAAUCAGGAGUCAUUGUUCCAGGCUCUGGACCCCGAACUUGACGGCCAUCCUGAGGAUCCCCCAGAGCAAUACAACCCUGAGCCCUCUUCCUCAGACUACUCCCAGGAGGACGAACGCCAGGAGUUGCUCAGAUCUGGGAAACAGAUUGACAGCUCUGCUGAGGAGCAGGACUCUGGAAGCAACUCUGGAGGCAGCCCAGGUUCUGUCUCAGAGUGCAGUGCCCACCAUCAAGAAGAUCACCAGCCUUCUGAUUCAGGCUCUUCCUCAGCUGGUACCCCACCACAGCUCAGGAAGCAUUUGGCUCAGAACAGUUUGGAAUCUGCGGAAUCAGAAGAUGAAGGGAAGGAGGGAAGAGCAGCAGGAGAAGGAGGAGAAGGAGGAGGAGGGAUUGAGGCAGCACCUCCCGCAUCGUAUGUCUCUGAUGGAAUUCAAGCCCAGAGUGCUGAGCAGGCAGAGCAGUGGGGCGCUGCUUUCCUCACCGAGACCACCAGAGCCAGCAGACAGCGGGCAAGACACACAUGCCUAAGACGAAGUGAGGGGCAGACCGAGAGGCAUCUGAAGGAGGCCAAGUCCAAGUGUAAACGCAUCGCUCAGCUAUUGACAGCCGCACCCAACCCCAAAAGCAGGGGAGUGUUGAUGUUCAAGAAGCGCCGGCAAAGAGCCAGGAAAUUCACCCUAGUGAGCUACGGUACAGGAAAGCCAACAGACGACGGUUUUGAAGACGAGUACGGAUUUGAAGAGGACAGUGCAGGCCAGGACUUUAGAUGUUCUCUACAAGCAACCAGUGAUUCUGAAUUUGACGAAGAUUACAGCUUUCAUGUGCAGGGUCAAAGUGCUUUGAACUUCUACUACGAGUACAGUACACAAGAUCAAGGACUAUCUGCAAGUUAUAACUGUGACAAAAUGGAGCAACUUCCACAGACAAAAGGAAAAGGAGUUAUGAUGUUCGCCCAGAGGCGCCAAAGGAUUGACGAAAUUACUGCACAGCAUGAGGAGAUGAGGCAGAAGGGCAUACCUGUGGAAGCAUUUUUGGAAACUGAGACUCCUGCACCUCCAGUUCCUGCCUUUAUUCGGCAAGAAAGCGCCCCAGGACAGCAAGAAGUACAGGCCAAGCAACAACUACAGUAUCAGGAACAGCAAUAUCAGCUACAGCAAUAUCAGCAACAGCAAUAUCAGCAACAGAUGUCCCAGCCUUUAAACACUGGGAUAAAUGGUGUAGAUCCCUACCAGAUGUCUUCCGUGUCCAAAUCCCUUGUGUCCAACAGAACCGCCAAACCAUUCCUUGGUGGUCUAAAUCAGUCCCCAACAACCUAUUCUCCUGUCAAAAAUGUCCCAAGCCCAAUACCCAAAAAACCUGACAACAUCUUCAAAGUUCCUGUCCCAGUAAACACAAGCCCGCAGGUGUGGUCUCCCACGGGUGACGUCAUUGCCUCUCGUGAUGAACGCAUUGCAGUACCAGCGAUUAAAUCUGGAAUUCUGCCAGAGGCAAAAAAGAGAGGGUCAAAUAAAAGCAGAGACGUUCCUCCAGAGGAAGACUAUCUUAGUCUUGGUGCAGAGGCCUGCAAUUUCAUGCAAGCUCCAUCAGUCAGGCAAAAGAAACCUCCACCUGUCCUUCCAAAGCCUGCCAUCAACCCAGCCUGCCCACCAUGGUCUUCAGAGGGCCAUGCCUCUCACAGUCCCCUUCAAGCAGCAUCAAGUCAUGCCCCUGCUCAGCAACCUCAGCCGGCCACCAAACCCUGGACGCCAUCACCAACUCAGCCAGUGCCACAGCAGCAUAUGGCUGGGUGGGUGCCAUCAAACCCUUCAGCUUCAUAUCAGCCCACCUGGCCUUCAGAACCACAGCAGACAUCCGUGAGUAUCAAGACCCCAACCACACCCCACGCAACUCCCUCGCAGUCAAAGGGCCCACGGACUACAUCACAAGUUGAUGCUAAUUCUGUGUCUUCCUGUCCACCCCAACGAGGGAGCUCCUACCUCCAUGCAUCCAAGGCUCCACCAGCUUCUCCAAGGGGGCAUGCCUCAGAAACAGGGCUCUCUGAUGGGCCAGCCUUUAAGGGAAAAGGUGCAGAACUCUUUGCCAGGCGACAGUCCCGUAUGGAGAAGUUUGUGGUUGAUGCUGAGACUGUGCAGGCCAACAGAGACAGGCCCCCUUCACCUACACUCUCCAUGCCAAGCACUUGGAAGUAUUCCCCAAACAUCCGGGCCCCUCCUCCAGUGUCCUACAAUCCCAUUGUGUCCCCUUUCUACCCUCUUGCAGCACAGAAGCAGCCCCCUCCUUCAAGUAGCCCUAAUGCAAAGUCCAAAGAAAACCAAGGGAAACCCAAGGCAGCACCCAAACAUCUCAGUGUUGUGGAUGUCAUGAAACACCAGCCGUACCAGCUAGACACCUCACUCUUCACCUAUAACUCCACCCCAGAGGUGAAGGGUCCAAGUCCCAAAACCUCUCCUGUGCCCCCUCCAGAGUCUAGGCGAACCCCUUCCCACACCCCUAGCCAUCUCCAACCCACCGUUUCUGGUCGUUUCCCAUCCCCUACCAUGUCCCCUUCCCCAGUCCCAUCUUCUGGAAGUACCCAGUCACUUAAACAAGGUGCUCCUGCCAAACCUGGCGGACCGGUCUACAGCCGGAGCCGCUCCAUGUCUCUGCCCCGGAGACUGUCCUCCAUGUCCACCCUGUCCCCACUGUCCAGUCCAGGCAUUUAUCCCACCCGUAGCCCCCUGGAGAGACACUUGUCCUGGGUGGAGCCUUUUCAGAAGCCCCUCAGCCCUUGGGAGGCAGCAGCCCGAAGCCCCUUGGGUCUGGUGGAAGAAGCUUUUGGUCCUCAGAGCGUCCAGGAGGCCAUCUCCUCCAGCGUCCACUCCGCCGCUCACAGGAAGUCCCUGCCUGAACCCCCGCUGGAAUGGAAACGACGGGUGUCUAAUGACCCCAUCCCUCCUCCACGGGCCACGCCCCCCACGCUGUCCAUCACCCUGCCUGCCAGACCUUCCGUUCCAGACCCGGAGAAGCUGAUUGUAUACGGGCCUCCGUUCAGACCAGCCCAGCCUCUAACGAUCGGUAUCAGGUACACCGGGAGCAGCUCCCUGCCUCGGAACUUCACCCUCCAAUCUGGAGGCGUUCCUGCUCACAGGGUCAGCUGGAGAAUGUAGAGAACGGUGGAGCUUCAGCCUCUGUUCCUCCUCACAGUGGUGUCUGGUGUUUCAGCUCACAUACCUACACUCAACACUGUAGUCUUGUUUCCGUUUCUCUAUAUAGUUUAUUACUAUCAUCCUCCUUUCAUCCUGUUCUUCAAUUGUUCGGGUGGUAGGUCUUUAUUAUUCUCAGCACUGCAGUGAUUAGCAGUGAUUAGCAUGGUGGUGGUGUAUGAGGUGUUAGUGUGUGUUGUGCUGGAACAGUAAGUGGAUCAGAUACAGCAGCAGUGCUGCUGGAGUUUUUAAACACCGUGUUUAAUCACUCACUGUCCUCCACUCUAUUAUGCACUCCAACUUGUAGAAGUAAAGUAAAGUAAAGUCACAGACAGAAGCUCUGAGUCUGUUGGUCAUCCAAUAAUGAUGGUUUUUAGACCAUGUACCACCAAUGACCAAACUAAAACAAAAAGUUGCUACAAGCCAUUUCACAGGAUACCACACAUAUAUACGUACAGAUCUUUUACAUCUUAUACACAUACAUAUCAGUUGUUCUUCACGUGUCGUGUGGAGCUCGCCCACUUUUGCAGUCUGUAAGUUAGUAUGUUAAGUUGUUUGAUUGAUUAUUUGUUGUUUCUAGUUGCCGUUUUUUUUUGGACUAUAAGGUGCACUGGAUUGUAAGGUGCAUUAAGUGACAAUAUUAAGGACACUACUAAGGAUGUCUACAUCAAAGUGAAUAAGGGCGUCUCUGUAUUUUACUGAUGUAAUCAGUGUAUGUAUGCCCACACAGGACAAAGGGGGCAAAGGCGCACUCCACACAAAGAAGCCCAGCGUUUCGAAAAUGUGCACUAUUACACACAUCAACAGCCACCAAUAUCAGGUUAAAAGAUGAUAAACUGUAGCUCUGAGAGUGAAGGACUGAAGUGCAGCUUAUAUAAAGGUUCUAACAGGUAGAGCACUAAACACUUACUAUUAAAAUGUUAGGAAAACUACAGGUGGAAACUUUUUAGAUUUAAGUUCUUAAUAAUUGAAUUCAAGCAUAUAUUUUUUUGUUGAUGCUUCGAGUAACACCAGUGGUACCCGUACCACAAUUUAAAAACCACUGCUUUAGGACACCACUGCCCACCAGAUAAGUAUAAAGUACUGGAGAUCCAGACUUGAGUAAAAAUACAAAAACUCUAUCAAAAAAAGUGACUUGAGGAAAAGUUGAAGUUGUUCUUAAGCUCCACACUUAAGUAGAAAAAGAGAGAAAGAGCAAGGCCAAUUGUGCUCUCUCAGGGCUCCGGCAGCUGAUGGCAAGCUGCAUGACCGGGAUUCAAACCAGUGAUCUCUUGAUCAUAGUGGCAGCGAUUUAGACAAUUGGACCUCUUGGCAUCCCCACUGUGUACUGUGUUAAUAGUGUAGUAAUUACAGAAAGCAGUGAAAAGUUAGCAGUGCUAAAGGCAGAACAGGAGUUGCUUCUUAUAAAAUCACCCAAAUAAUAAUAAUAAUAAUAAUAAUAGCUGCUCUGUGGUGGUUUUCUAUCCAGUGGUGGUUUUCUGAGUAUUGAAGUACAGGGUAAAAGGAGGAGAAUAAUGAAGUAUACAGAGAAACAGAUACAGAACUACAGUCUGUUAUUAUUAUACAACUACAAAGUGUCCUAUAUGAUUAACAGAGCUGAAAAGUAGAUAAUAACUGUACAAACAAGCUAAAUAUUUUGGUACAAAUCCAUCCAAGUGGUUCUAGAUGGCGGGUUAAUGUGGAACUUAAAAGCUGAUAUAAAUAUUUAAAUCUACAAAUAUAAAAGUGAAUGAAGGAAUGUAGAAUGUGGGUUCUCUAACACACACAGGUUGAUGAGUUUGAUGAAAGCAUAGCUGAAUGUGAAAGGGUAAAUGGAGUUUGCAUGUUUAGGUGUGUAGUAACACUGCAUUGGAUUUCUAUGGGUGGAAAAAUGCUUGUCGAAUGUAUAAAAAAGGCGUUUUCACAAAAACAAAAAAACAAAUGCAGUUUUGAAAGUGUUGGAAUAUAGGAGGUUUAGCUUUAAUCAAAGCUUUAAUGCAUUAUACAUUUAAACUGUUCUGCUGCGUCAGACUUACGGUCCAGCAAGUAAAUUAAGAACCCAUGUUCUUAAGUGUAAAUGCUUAUUGACUUCAGCCCCUCAGCACAACCAAUCAGAUUUUAGCCAUUUUAGCUAGGGGCGGGAUACAAGAGGAUAAAGAACCAAUCCUAAACCUCCUUUUGGUGGAGAGGAAGAACAACAAGUUCUUUAUAUUCUGCUCAAACCGAGAAGAAGAACCAAUCAGAAUCCUCUUUUUUGAUGAACUUGAUGCUCAUUUGUUUGGUCUGCAGCCAUGAUAACUGAGCUCUGUUUGCUCAGUCUGAUUUUAGCACAGCUGUACAGCGCAGAGAAUAGAGCAGGUAGAGCCUCGAUUCAAACACUGACUCUGAAUUAAACAAACAAUGCACUGAUUCUGAAGCACAGUCAGAGAACAGCGUACAUGUUCAUCGCUACUGCUUUUAUUUUUUGCUGCUCUCAGUUUUAUCACAUCGUUUUGGUGUAAAACACUUGAAUCUGUUGUUUUCGAUGCACUUAAAUAGUUUUAGAGUUUGAUUUUGGCACAUUUAAAGGGGACAUAUCAUGUAAAAUUCACUUUUUGUGUAAGUUUGCACUUGGGACUUUUUUCUGUGAAUCAGCUGAAAGGGUUCCUCAGAGUACACAGAAUGCAGAAUUAGCCAGGAGACUUUGUCUGAGGGAGGGAUCUGUACCUAGUGUCCAUGCUAAACAUACACUAGCUUGUUUGUGUUUUGUCAUUUAGCACAAGCUAACACUAACAAGUGCUAAAUGCUUAAUGUUGCGUGCUUAAUGGGGCGUGCUUAAUGGGGCAUGCUUAAUGGGGCGUGGCCAGCAACAGCGUAUUUGCAUAAAAGUGGCCUAGCCCUUAAACGUCUCAUUUUUUUAAAUGGACUGAAACUGGCAAGAAUAGAGCUGGUAAUUUGUCUCUGAGAGUGAUUUUGUCUAAAUAACUCUAUGAACAUGUUUGUUUAUAGACCUGUUCUAACUUGGGUAAAAUUAGGUAUACUAUGUCCCCUUUAAAAAGCAAGUUGAAGAAAACUGAGAUCUGCUGCAAAUUGAGCACUUUAGUCCAGAACAAUCACAAACAGGCCUUGAGAUCCUGGUGGGUUUUACAUGCAUGUUUAGCAUGAGUGAGUGUGUAAUGAGCUACUGAGUGCUGAGACUGUUUACCAUCACAGAUUUGUUUACAAACACUGUGUUUAUAUGUUGUUUAUUUCUUCUAAAACAUCUUGUCAUUAAAAUUUGCGAUAAAAUUUCCAA